UCGAGAGGUGCUGGGAACGCGCGUUCUUAAAGCACGCUGUGGCCUUCUAGCGAAAGCAGCUACCCCGCUGUUUAAGCAACGCUAAGAUAAGAAAGAUGCUUGGAAGAAAGCCUUGGUCUUGUAAAUUCUUUGCCGGCCCCGAUAAGGGCAGGAACGAGAGAUGCAGCAUGCCUCUGACCCCAUAAAGCUGUAACUCUACUCCUUGAUUUUUCUCUCUCCCACCUCCCCCCUGCGUGCUCCUUCCUCCACGGGGAUGUUUCUAACUGCAGCCAAAGCCCCUACGUCGCAGAACAGAGGGAGGGUACUCAUGCAGGCAAAGCCAGGCCAGCGAUGUUGCUGGUUCCCCCGCGGUUUCCUGGACGAGAAGGCACCGUUUAGUUUUUGUGCUCUGUGUAGCAGAGAUAAUCCUUACCUACUUCCGCAGGCUGCUGUGAGCUUUCACGUUUGCAAAGCCGGGUGCAGAAGGCCGAUGUGCCCGAUUGCUUUGUGUGAUCCGUUCCUUCUCAGUCCACAGUAUGCGAGAAGAUCAUGGAGCUCUUGGGCCAAAACGAGGUGGACCAUCGCCAGCGCAAGGUGGUCAUUCUCAGCCAGGACAGGUUCUACAAGGUGCUCACCACCGACCAGAAGGCCAAGGCGUUGAAGGGGCAGUACAACUUUGAUCACCCAGAUGCUUUUGAUAAUGAUUUGAUGCAUACAACCUUGAAAAACAUUGUUGAGGGGAAAACAGUUGAAGUACCAACCUAUGACUUCGUGACCCAUUCUAGGCUGGCAGAGACAACAGUGGUUUAUCCAGCUGAUGUUGUUCUUUUUGAGGGGAUCCUGGUCUUCUACAGUCAAGAUAUUAGGGACAUGUUCCAUCUCCGACUCUUUGUCGACACAGAUUCGGAUGUCAGGCUGUCCCGCAGAGUUCUGCGAGAUAUGAAACGUGGGCGGGACCUUGAGCAGAUCCUCACCCAGUACACGACGUUUGUUAAACCUGCCUUUGAGGAAUUCUGUUUACCGACAAAGAAGUAUGCAGAUGUGAUCAUCCCCCGAGGUGUUGACAACAUGGUUGCUAUAAACCUCAUAGUGCAGCACAUUCAAGACAUCCUGAAUGGAGACAUCUGCAAGUGGCAGCGAGGGGCAAUGAAUGGACAUGGUCGGACCUACAAGCGCCCGUUCCCUGAACAAGCAGAAAGCAGCAACGUGCUGGCAGCUGGCAAACGGUCCCAUCUGGAGUCCAGCAGCCGUCCUCACUAACCUGCUAGCAUCUGAAGGGUUUGCCUCUGAUCCAGACAACUGGCCAAGAAAACUUUGGGAAAGAAAAACUAUUAAUAAAUGGUUUGUGAAGUGCCCUUUCAAUGGUCAUAGCAGCAGAAGGGAUACUGGUGCGAAACCUCGCAGAGAGGAGAGGAAGGAGUUGGACUACUGCCCCUCUCCCUGCUGAAAACCCUCCCCUUUCUCCCUAGGCCGUCUGGCUCUAUUAUGUUACUCAUUGAACUGGUUAGAGGCAGCUCUUCUUGCCUUUUUUUAAAAGUUUUCAAAGUGGCAUCUAAUGCUGUAAAGUCUCCCCUGAAAGUUAAGCACUACCACGUGUUUAACAAGAUAUCCCAUUUCCAUGAUGCUGCUCUUCCUUAGCAGGAAAAUUAGCUGUGUUUUCUUUUUCUUUUUUUUUUCCCUAAAAGGAAAACAGUCUCUCUUGUCAGACCAUGUUAAUUUAAACAAGCAGGUGCAGUCUUUAUUCUUCUCCACCUGCUCUUUGGGACCUUGAGACCUAGUUCUGGCACUGCUUUCCUGCUGACCAGCCUCCUUUAUCACAUGUAGCAGCUGUGGAGCAGGAGGCCUGACCUUAUGAACACAACUGUAGCAGAAUCUCUUCCCCAAGCUAGAGGAGAAACAAAGGCUCUCCGGGACAAAAGGGAACCUACAGUUCAUCAAGAGGACAGGCCUGAGAAGCAGUGUGAUUCUGGUUCAUAAUCUCUACCUUCUGAGGCUCCUGAACCUUGCUACACUGUAUGUAGGUGAGGCUUUCCUUUUUGUACCCAAAUAAAAGUCUCCUUUACCAUAGUUAUUGAAUAGUGAGCGCCAGCUGGAUUGAGUUGCUCACUUGGAAAAAUAAACCUGACCUUGUCAGGUUUAGUGGCUUUGAGGACACUUCUGUACUGAUGGUUCCAGGUUCUGCUGGGCAGAAUCGAUCCACUUGCAGAACUGGGUGGUGAAAUCUGCAAAGGGGAAAGAUGUUGCAAAACCCUCCUUCUGAUAGUACAAACAGCUAUCUAUCUGCACACGUUUCUACCCUGAGUAGAGUCAAAGUGCUUACCUUUCACUUGAGCAGUUUUAAACUCAUGAACAUUCUGGUUUUUCUAAAAAGAACAUAGGAGGCUGGAAGUAUAUACAGUGAUAUCCCUAUUUCUGUAAUGUACCCCAGAUAAAUGAAACCACAGCAACAUAGUUUCUGGAAAACUUCUGAAAUGAAGCAUCAGUUGGGCCUCUCAAAGUAUCUAUGUUGUAGCUUUCUGUCACUGAGUCUGCAUUUAGAGUAGUUGUAAUGGGGAGGGAAAUGUUAUUAAGAGGAACUUUUUCGUAUUUGCUAGUUUUCUAAAACGAAGGUCUGGCUGUGUUGCCUGUGGAUGUGUUGCUUUGGCUAAUAAACAAAUGAACAAACA